CACCUCUUCUCAUGUCUCAGUGAAAUUUGCAGAAGAUAUGGAACAAAAUUUUAACCACAAAAAAUGCAAAGGAGAAGAGUAGAUAAGCCCAAGAAAAUCCUUACCUCUCUUGAUCUUGGUUCAAGAAGAAGUUAUGGAAAAUCAAAACGGGUCGGUAACUGCAGGAAAAGCAAUAAGAUGCAAAGCUGCAGUAAGCAGAAAUCCAGGAGCACCACUCGUGAUAGAGGAAAUUGAAGUUGAGCCACCCAAAGCUUGGGAGGUCCGGAUAAAGAUUCUCUGCAGUACUCUUUGCCAUACCGAUAUUACCUUCUGGAAAGCCUCCACUGGACCAUUUGCGGUUUUUCCAAGAAUUUUUGGGCAUGAAGCUGUCGGUAUUGUUGAGAGUAUAGGGGAGCAUGUGGAAGAAGUGCAGGAAGGAGAUUUGGUGCUUCCAGUGUUUCAUCCGAAUUGCAGAGAAUGCAGGGACUGCAAGUCUCAAAAGGGCAAUGAUUGCUCCGUAUUUGGUAAAACAUUGAACCCUGACAUGCCAAGGGAUGCGACAAGUAGAUUUAAGGGGAUGAAUGGGGAGGUUUUGCACCAUUUCUUGUUUGUUUCGAGCUUCACUGAGUAUACAGUGGUUGAUGUGGCUCAUGUUGUCAAGAUCUCAUCGGAAAUUCCAGUUGAUAAAGCUUGCUUGCUUAGCUGUGGAGUAUCAACCGGGGUAGGAGCAGCAUGGAAGGUGGCAGAUGUUGAAGAGGGCUCUACAGUUGCCAUCUUUGGGCUGGGAGCUGUUGGACUUGCGGUUGCAGAGGGAGCAAGGUUACGUGGAGCUUCGAAGAUCAUAGGUGUAGAUUUGAAUCCGGAAAAAUUUGAGAUUGGUAGGAAAAAAUUUGGCGUCACUGAUUUUAUCAACCCCAAAACCUGUGGAGGGAAAAAAGUCAGCGAGGUGAUUAAGGAAAUAACAGAUGGGGGAGCUGACUAUUGCUUUGAGUGCAUUGGGUUGGCUUCACUGAUGGAAGAUGCCUUCAAUAGUGCCAGAGAGGGCUGGGGCAAGACAGUGAUAUUGGGAGUGGAAAUGCAUGGCUCACCGUUGGCUCUUAACACAUAUGUUCUUCUGAGAGGCAAAAGUGUUACAGGGUGUUUAUUUGGAGGAUUUAAACCCAAAUCUGACAUUCCCUUCCUUGCUGAAAAAUAUCUAGACAAGGAGCUUAAUCUCGACGGAUUCAUAUCACAUGAAGUGAGUUUCCAGGCUAUCAACAAAGCUUUUGAUUUACUGCUUGAGGGAAAAAGCCUCCGUUGUAUCAUAUGGAUGGAUAACUAAUUUGGGUUUCCUACACUGUUCUAUCCAAUUAUAAAUGAAUAACAAAGAAAUUAAUGUUCA